ACAAAUAAAGCAUAAUCCUUUCUAAAAAAAUUUGCUUUUUAAAGCUCACCCUCCAUAAUUCCCACUCAUUAUCUUUGCUCCUUAAAGCUUCCUCCCUUCCUUAUCUCAUCUCUUUCUCUCUCUAUCCCUAUCUCUCUCAUCCUUCUCCCUCCUACCUCACCUCCAAUUCUCAGACAAAACCACUUGUAAUACUUCUAAGAGAGAAAUACAAGAUAUAUAAUCUAUGAGAUCCCCAAUAAGUCCCACCAAAGCACAGGAAAUUUAAACUAUAAACCCCUUCUUCUCUUCUUCCUUGUCUAAAAAGGAAUAUAAUCAAAACAAAAACAAAAACAAAAAAGAGUGUGUGAAGUUGGAGUACAUACUUAUCUUCAUUUGUUUAUACUAUUUGUUUACUAUAAGAAAUUAAAAUUAUGGAUGGAGAUCAUCAUCAUCAUCAACAACAACAACAACAACAUCACCAUGACUUCCAUAACCAUCAUCGACCCAAUUUUCCUUUUCAAUUGUUGGAAAAGAAAGAAGAAGAAGCAUGUUCAAGCACAACACCAUUUAACCCUUCUUUAGCUAUUACUCCUUCAGGUCCCGGCCCGUCUACUUCUACCGGGCCUGUACAGCAGCAGCAGCAGCAGCCUCAAAGUGGUGAAGGUGAAUUGUCUUCGGGGCCGAAUUCUAAGAAGCCGGCCCCAAAGCGCACCUCCACCAAGGAUCGCCACACUAAAGUAGACGGGCGUGGACGAAGGAUCCGUAUGCCAGCACUUUGUGCGGCAAGAGUGUUCCAACUUACUAGAGAAUUAGGACAUAAAUCUGAUGGAGAAACUAUUGAGUGGCUUUUACAACAAGCUGAGCCUGCUGUUAUUGCUGCUACUGGUACUGGUACAAUUCCUGCCAAUUUCACUUCACUUAAUAUUUCUCUACGAAGUUCAGGAUCUUCUCUGUCUGUUCCUUCUCAACUUCGAUCUUCUUCGUCUUAUUUUAGUCCUAAUUUUACUACUGCUGCUUCUGCUUCUCGCCGUAAUUUCUUUGCUGGCAUUGGUCUUUCGUCCGAUACUUCUCCGUCGUCUGCGCUACUCAAUUUUCAGACUGCUACGUUGAAUUUAAACCCGGGGUUGCUACAAGCUAAGCAGGAAUGCGCAACUACGACGAGUCAUCAUCACCAGCAGCAACAUCAGCAGCACCACCACCACCAUCACAAUAAUAAUAAUAACAGCAACAACAACGAUACGAGCCCGAGUAGUAAUAAUAAUAAUAACAACAGUAGCAAUAAUAAUCAGCUUGAUCUGUCUGAGGCGGCAGAUGAAGAAGGCGGAGGAGGGCGGAAGCGGAGACUUGAAGGGGAAUAUGGGGCGGCGGCAGCAGCAGCAGCAGGAGGGUAUGGGCAAAUACCGGCUGCCAAUUUUUGGAUGGUGACAAACAGUGGGAAUCAAGCUGCUGCUGCUGCCGCCGUAAUGAGUGGAGACCCAAUUUGGACAAUUCCGUCGGUUAAUAAUAACGCAGCUGCUGCAGCUGCUGCUGGCUUGUAUAGAGGUACUGUUCCUAGUGGGUUACACUUCAUGAAUUUUGCUACUCCUAUGGCAUUAUUGCCUAGUCAACAAAUGGGACCCACAAUGGGUUCGGGUGGAGGUGGUGGUGGAGGAGGUCAUAAUAUGAGUUCAAGUGAGCAGGCUCAACAUCUGGGUCUGCUCACUGGACUCAAUCCUUAUAGAAACGUACAAGGAGGGGGAAUUUCCGAUUCUCAGGCGAGUGGGUCCCAUUCCCAUCAUGGUGAUGACCGACAUGAUACAACGAGUCAUAGUCAUCAUUCUUGAGAAAGCAAAAGAAAAGAGGAGAUUUUUUUUUUGUGAUGAUAAAUUGCCCUCAUCAGUAUAUCAACAUUACUAGCCAUUACUACUAUUAUCAGUUUUAUCACUACUCCACCACAACCACCAAACAACCAUUAUCGUCAGGAAGGAAACAAGUUGUGUAGCUAUUAAUUUGAUGUGUAGCACACGUGAGGUUUGAUUUUAAUUUCUUUUUUGGGGGUUAAUUCCUAUGAUCUUUUUUAUUUUUCUAAAAUUAAUUUGAGGUUUUGAUUUUUUUAUUUUUUUUGAAGUGUGAUUAAUAUGAUGAGAGGUUUAGGGUUUGAUAAAAAGGCAAAAUAUUUAACAUUUGGCCUUUUUAAUUUUAUUCCUUUUCUUUUUGUUAGUUGUGAAUGAAGAUGUUUUCUUUUUCUCAAUUUUGUUUUUUUUUUAUGUAUAUUUUGCUUAAUGGAAAUAUGAUAUCUCCCUCCUUGAUUCA